AUGACCACUUACAUCAGUUUUCAACAGUACGAUCUAUUAGAUUCCGAGGGUUACGGGUCCGCGAGUAGCCCAGAGUCGAAUCCACGUAGCUGGACCCAUCAAGAGAUUUACCCUCAACCGCCAAGAUCUAGGGGUAGCAGCUGCGAAAGCGUGAGUUCGCUCGAUUGUCAGAAUCGCGAAUACCAAGAGAUCGGCACCGCAAAUGACAGCAUUCACGUGACUACGACGGGCUUCAAUUUUAUCGAGUUCUACGAAGGCUACCAUCAAGAGGGUUGCCGAAACGAGCAUCAAAUCAGCCAGUUAAAUAAUAUGAAAAUCACAAAGGAUCAUGGAAAAGCAGCCGUUUUCAGAAUGAACGAAUGCAUCGAGAAUGUUUACGACGGUGCAUCAGGUCGGACUGAAUUUUCCGCUGAAAAUCUAGCGACAAAACAAAAUCCAGACGUCACGUCAAAAAUGGAACAUCAUGCGAGUAAUACCUUCGGCAAUGGCAGGUGUGACUUUGGUCAGAAUCAAGAAAGCUUCUUCGUCACCAAAACUUAUGGUAUCCCGAAGGGUGAUGGUUUCUUGCCUAAAAGUAACGACAAUCCUUAUAUGCAGAGAGGUGACAUUCUUUAUUUGGGCGCCACAUACAGUGUCCAGAGAAACGAAAACUACGUUCAGAACCAGCAGGGCAGCAAAUGCGAGUCGUCCAGGUAUCACCGAAAAAACGAUGCUCUUCACAUCUCGUCGAUGGAGUACAAUGGCCAGAAAACAAAAGAGACUAUGCAGAAGAUUAAAAACGGCACACCGGGCAUCGAGGUGCUGAGGAAGAGACGAUUGGCUGCGAACGCACGAGAAAGAAGAAGAAUGAACAGUCUGAACGACGCAUUUGAUAGGCUCAGAGAGGUCGUGCCUAGCCUCGGUAAUGACAGAAAGCUUAGCAAAUUCGAGACCCUGCAAAUGGCACAGACGUAUAUCGCCGCGCUAUACGAAUUGUUGCAAAGAGAGUGA